ACCGGAACGCCCUCCUCCCCCACCCUAGCCUGCGCUGUUUUCAUCCAGUUCCUCCAGCGCCCCCGCCCUUUUUGUGGGGGCGAGAACUGGCGCGAGGCGCGCGAGCGCGUGCUGGCUGAGCCGCGGCGACGGCUGCGGCCGAGUAGAGGAGAGGAGGGAGGGGAGGAGAAGGGGAGAAAAAGGAGAGGGCGGGCACGAGAGUGUCUGCUGUUGAGGCCUGUGGUGCCGUCGUCACACAGCGGAACCGAGCCGACUAAGGAAGGCGCAGCGGCGGCUCAGGCUCGCGCUUCAGCUUCGGCUGUUACUGCUGCCGCCGCCGCUGCUCGGCGGCGCCGGGACAGAGCCCCCACCCCACCCCCCAGGCAGGGCGGCCGGGCAGCGCGGAGAGCUCCGGGAGAUCCCGUUAUCAUGUCGCUGAGACAGAACCUGGCGGAGCUGCUGGUCUGUCUGCGGGACCCGCAGAAAGUGGCCAGCUUCCAGCGGCUGUGCGGGGUGGAAGAGCCGCAGCGGACUGGGACUGACACUCCGCGGCAGGGGGAGCCCGGAGCGGCCCUGGAGGUUGGAGGCGGCUGCAAUCGAGACCGCUCGGCCAUUCCGGAGGGGAGCGGGGGCAAGCUCCGAGAUUGCAGCGCCCGGAACGGCGUGAGGAACGGGCUGCCUGAGGCUGGCGGGGCCACGGCCACGGCCGGGGAGCGCGAGAGCCAGGCAACCCUCCGGAAUAGAGUGCAGGGUCUGCGGCGCAACUCCCUCACCGGGGAGGAAGGGGAAGUGUACGGAGUGCGAAACUGGCUCCUCUUCUAUUUGUUCUGCUUUGGCACCGAGCUGGGCAACGAGCUUUUCUAUAUUACCUUCUUCCCCUUUUGGAUCUGGAACUUGGAUGCCUUCGUGGGCCGGAGGCUUGUGAUCAUCUGGGUCCUGGUCAUGUACCUGGGCCAGUGUGCCAAGGACGUCAUCCGAUGGCCCCGGCCCGCCUCACCGCCCGUGAUUAAGUUGGAGGUUUUCUAUAACUCGGAGUACAGCAUGCCCUCUACCCAUGCCAUGUCUGGCACAGCCAUUCCCCUCUCCCUUGUCCUCCUCACCUACGGCCGCUGGCAGUAUCCUCUUAUGUAUGGACUGGUUAUUGCCACCUGCUGGUGUUGUCUGGUUUGCCUAAGUAGAAUUUACUUGGGAAUGCACUCCAUUCUGGACAUUAUUGCUGGAUUUCUGUAUGCAAUUUUUAUCUUAGCCGCCUUCUAUCCAUAUGUGGAACUCAUUGAUAACUUCAACCAAACAUAUAAAUAUUCUCCGCUAAUUAUCAUCAGUUUGCAUUUGGCCCUGGGGAUCUUUUCCUUCACCCUUGACACUUGGAGUACAUCCCGUGGAGAUACAGCUCAGAUCCUGGGCAGUGGUGCAGGAAUUGCAUGUGGUUCUCGUAUUGCUCACAGCAUUGGCCUGGUGUCAGAUCCUCCUCUUGAUACAUUACCAUUAACUAUUCCCUCAAUCACUGUGACUCGUUUUGGAAAAGUCAUAUUACGGAUUCUAAUAGGAAUGGUAUUUUUGCUACUAAUGAGAAUUGUAAUGAAAAAGAUCACCAUCCCAUUGGCCUGUAAAAUCUUUGGGAUAAAAAAUGAUGAUGUUCGAAAAGCAAGACAGUGCAUGGAAAUUGAACUCACUUAUCGUUAUAUAACUUAUGGAAUGGUUGGCUUCUCUAUCACAUUUCUGGUUCCUUGCUUAUUUUUCUUUAUUGGCCUUUCUUGAUGGAUACCUGUUAUUUACGAGAAAGGAUAGUAGUAUGUGAAAAUAACUCUGAGGCAAAAGCCAGAUCAAUGCUUUUGCAGGAAUUUUACUUAAGUAUUUAAGUAAGUUUUAAGCAGACAGUGCUUUUUGCCACUGUAUCUGGAUAUUGUUUUGGAGAAUGCUGAGCAAUUUCAUUAUGGAGAAAGUUAUGGAGUAUCCCUUAAGUAAAUAUUAUGGGGUGUUUUAUUGCUAUUGUAUAAUUUGGGUUAUAGAUCUAUAUAUAAUAUAUAUUUAGGCAUAUAAUAUGUAUUUAUGCAUCUAAUGUAUAUUAUAUAUGAGUCUUAAUAAACUGUGAGGCUGUAUAAGUAAAUACAAAUAACAUGCAGUUAUGUCUUUGUAUUUGGAUUUAAUAUAGAUAUGUUGUGAAUAGCCUGACAAAAAAAAUUUCCUGUAUCUGAAAUGUGACCCAUUUUCUAAUUUAAUUAAUGAAAACAGAAUUAGUAUACAAACCACUUAUCUGUUUAUUGUUUCCUCCUACCACCUUUCAUGCUAUACUUGUUAGUCUAAAUGGGUGGCAUUUAAAGGACCAAAUCUGAAGUAAAAUGAACUUUUGCAUUCAAAAAUUUGGGGGCUUUUGUUUUAGUUUUGUGUACGUGUAAAAUACUUUGGUUUGCAUUCAUUCUAGAUAUCUCUAAAUUGAUUCAGGUACUGUCUUUUACUGCUUAUUAAGUGUGCCUUUCUGUUGCUGUAUUUAAGAGAUGCCAUGUAUACUGUGAUGUAAAACCAAACUGAUAACUUUAUCUUCGAUGACUUAUAAUUAAGGAAUUAAAAAACUUAUGUGAGAAAAUUCUGAGGAGUUUAGAACUAAACUGUACAGAUUAGCUUGUAUGUUAAUAAAUUGGAUGAACUAAACUUUCUCAGUGACUUAACAGCUAAUAAUAGAUUGUGUAGUUUGAAGGAUUUUUUAGUUGAAUUUUAAGUUAUAGGAAAAUACUUUUUCCCCCUGUAUACUGUGUUGAUUGUAUUGCAGGCUGAUAUCGCUAGUAAGAGGAAAUAUAUUUGAAAUUUAGACUGAGGAAGUGGAACAUUAACUCAGCUUCAUUUAUAACAUUCUUAAAUUGUUUCCAAAGGUCUAUAGUUGACAGUGUUAGUUAGAUAGAAUAUAUAAGUUAAAGUAGUUACCAAUACUCCUUCAGAUCCUAUUAGUUUUCAGUUUUAUUUUUAUUUUUUCUCUCUUCUCAAAAUCUGAAGGCAAUAUUAGACUGUCAUUUAUUCUGUUUAAUUUUUCAACUAUGAGGUUUCUUUUCUUUGAAAUUAGGUUAAUACUAUUUCACAAGUGAGGAAAUUAUUAAAUAAAUAUCAGGAUAACAUUGGUGAUUUUAAUGUAAUAUAUGUACUGUAGACCCAAGAGUUGCCUUAAGAAAUAUUUUUGUUUUGAUAAACAUAGCCACUGCAACUAAUGUUUAUAAUCUAUUAAUUGAGAACUUGGGUUCAUGGCAACUGGCCUAAAUUCAGUACGUUAAUUUAAGCAUUAAAAUUUAUAGACACUGUCAUUUACUCCUUUAGAGAUUAAAAAAUAGCAUUUUUUUUUUAAAUUGGAGUUCAGAAGAAUGAAGUUAGGGAAUAUUUUCCAAGAGUCAGUUUCAUACUAUGUUAUUAGCAUUUAUAUAAAGUUUAAAACAAUAUUAGCUUGAACAUAUUCAUUGUUUAUUUUUUCUAUCCUACGCUAAAUAUAUUUUAAAAUAAAAACCAAAUUUAAGAUUUAAGAUUUUCUUCCUUCUACAGAUUUGUUUCUGUACUACUUAAACAUCUUGAAGAGAUGGUUAGAAUUUUCAUUCAAAAAGGCUUUUUUCUUUAAGCAGCCUAUAUUGAGCUCAUUCAAGAUGAUUAAACCAUUAAUUGCUUUUUUUUAAAAAAUAAGAUCUUAGUUUUUGACUUGGUAGAGACCUUUGUUGAUCUAGUUAAAUUCCUCUUACUGAUAGGAAAAAGUAGUCAGUUAGCAUUUAUAUGGCACCUGCUCUAGGCCAGGUUUUGUGCUACGAGCUGGAGGGCCUAACUGUGUCCCAGUAAGUGUAGAUGACUUGGCCCAGAUCAUAAAGGUUGUAGCCAUCUUUGAUGGGAAGUGAAGCACUUCUUUAGCAAUUCUUUGGGUCUUCCUUUUGUUCCUUUAUAAUAGCCUUGUCUUGUUAUGAAAUGUAUUGUCUCAGAGGAACCCUUUUUAAAAAAAAAUUGUUAGAUUUAUGGCUAACAGUUACUAGAAUAAAUAUGGAUUUAUUUUCAAAAUUGUGAUUUUUGAUAUUUGUAGUUUAUAUCGCUAAUAUUCUAUGAAUGCCCCCAAAUAGUCAAAAUACUGAGAAGAGAGCUCUUGCAAAUAGAACAAAACUAUCAUGAGAUAGGUUUUUAGAGAAAUUAGAAAAAUUUUAGUCCAUUAUAUCAUUGAAAAACGAUAACAAAAAGUAGAGUUUUAAGGUUUACCAAGCACUUUUCUUACAAUAGUUCUGUGAAAGUAGGUAAAUAUAUAGACAUUAUAUUAUUCCCAUUUACUGAUGGAAAGGCAAGCUUUCUAGGACCUGUGCUUUUUAAAGAAAUGUAGAAAACUCUAAAUCUCUGUUGUAAAUUAUUAAUCUUGUCUAGUUUUCUUCAUAACAAGUGAAAUUAUAUGAUUUUAAAUUAACGAAUUUAUCUUUUAAGAGUAAUGAAACUUAAGGUACACCCAGAGAUCUUCACAAAAUUAAAAGAAAAUCUUCAACAAAACAUUUGACAAAUAGUGAACCUAAUUCAAAUACAAUCAAACAUCCUACAUUACUUGAUAUGUGUUGUAUGUAAUUAUUGCUUAUUUCUAGAAAUACUUUUUUCAUUAAUCAAAGCCCUUUUAAAAUACUGAAUAUAUCAUAAAAAUCUUCUGGUCAGCUUAUACCAAAAAUGUUUUAAAUAUAGCUUUAAAGGUUAGGCUUUCUUGCUGAUGAAGAUUUUUUUAAAAAGUGUAAUUCAUAGGACGUUUUUAAGAAGAGUGAAGAAUCCUAUGAGGCAAUCUGAAAGAUUCUAGGCUGCAAAGCUGGAUAGUUUAUCAAGUUUUUAAACUAUUCCAAUUCUAGAGUAAAAUAAGUUGUUUUUUAGGUUUUUAAAUUGAAGUGCACCCAAUUUUAAGUGAUUGCAUAAGGUGUAAAUAAUUUAGCACAACAAAAAGAAAGCAUUAACAUGCUAUUUUAAGGGGCACUUUAGAAAAGGUCUAUAGAAACCCUCUGAGAUUUCAAAUGAUCUCAGUGUAUUGUAUUUUUUCUCCACUCAGUAUAAUGAGAUUUAAAAAAAAUUAACUUUGGAUAUUUUUACAUUCAGUAGACUCUACUAUACAUUGCAUUGUUACAUUGCUUUUUAUAACCCACAAAAAUGUGAUUGUUUUUGUACCAUGGAACUAUAGACUAGAAUGCUUGGCUACUCUCAUUCCUUUUUUUUUUCUUCAAAGCUGCCUGACUGUGCACAGUUUCUGCAUAUUAAAAAGUUAUCUGCCUGAAGGCUCUUCUUUUUGAGACAUGUCAACUGUUAUAGAGAUGUUACUUCUUUUGUCUCCUAAUAAGCCCUAGGACCAGCUCCCUCAUGACUUCUACCUAUAAUUUUAUUCCACAGGGACCAAACAGCUAGCAGCUAAAAAGUUUGGACAGGCAGAAGCUUAAUUUUGCUAUUGUAGCAACUACCAUUUUAUUUCUUUGAUUCAUUUUUUAAUUUCCUUGUUGGAAAGUUAUGUUUUUGUUUAAAUUUUCCUUUUAAGUAGACUAGAAGCUUCCUGCUUUUUCUAAACCAAGGUCCUUAAGGGGCUUUAGCUGUUUGUGUUUGCAUAAUUCUAUUCAACAUUAUAUUUUCUGGUGUCUCUAGAACAUAUCCUCUGGGAAUGGCAAGGGAAUCCCAUAAUUGUUUUUCCCAGCCACUUUCCUCAUGGGAACAAAAUGGCUUUUUUUAAAAAGUGUAUUCUGAUAAUUAGUUUCAUAUUGUCUAUAAUCUCGUUUCAUCUUUGUUUUUUAUCUUCAUCACAUUUCAUGUUGUACAAAUACAGCUUAAACUUUUAAGAAACUUCUGGGAUAUGUAUAGGAUCUGAUCACUGAUAACUGAUGAGACUUCAUUAACAAAUUUUAAGAAAAAUUCAAGGUAAUUAGCCAACCAAAGUGCUUUGGUUUUUCCCAAAUUUGUUUAUCAUACAUAUUAUGAUAUUUUUCCAUUGAGGAUAUGAGUGGUUUUACUAUACUACAGAGGUUUAAAAAAAGACAAACUAACCACAGCAGUAUUUAUUUUCAGAUUUGAGUUUUCUCAUUAUUAUUAAAUAGUUGACUUUUUAUGAUUUUCAAUUUGUAAGCAAUUCUGUAUCUAUAAGAUUUUUGUUAUUUUGGAAAUAUAAGUAUUUAAGGGCUGAAGGUGAUUCAGGUUAUUAAAAAUAAUAAGCUUUGCAUGCAGUAAGUACAAUACAUCUAUUGUACAAAAUGUGAUUUGCAUCCAAAUCAUUUUAAGAUAUUGCUUAUGUUUAAAUUAGAUCUACAAAAGUAAAAUACAUUCAACUCAUGGGAAUACAGAGUACAACUACCACCAUAAAAUAAGUCUUUUAUUUUGUUGAAUUGAAUUGAAAAUUAAAUCUUGUGGGAUUGACCAAUAUGCAAUAAACUAGCUACUUAAUAUAAAUUAAAAUUUUGGCCAGCGUGUCAUUUUAAAACUAAUUAUGUCAAUCUAUACAAUCUAAACUUAAAUUUUUAGUGAAGACUAGAAUUGUUCAGAAAAUACAUGGGAUUGGCAACAGUGCAAGCCUUUAAUUUUCUUUCUUUCUCUUUUCUUCUACGUUUUUUGUAACUUUAAGAAAUACAUAUUUCCAAAAACUUUUUUUCUGGCAGUAUAGAGAAUAUAAUUAUAUUAAAUUUAAAUAUGGGAAUAAAUAUAGAGUGGCCAAAUUUAAAAAUUAAAAUUUUUUUCUUAUGUUUAUAUGACAUUUCCUUCUGAAAGUCUUUUUUUUUUAAAGGACAAAACAGCAACUUUAUAGUUUAAUCUUUAAGUCUUGAGAAUUUUAGGUCCUGGAAGCAAUUUAUUCAAUUUUUCACCAAUGCAGGAAUCAUAUAGUAUAUCACUGACAGCAAGCUGCAUGGCUUUUUUGGAAUACUUCCAUUGACAAGGGUGUUCAGUUUUGAAAGCAAUCCAUUUCUCUUUUAACAAAGAGUUCCAUCAGCUAUCUAGGUUCUAUGUAGGCUAGUUUCCCUUCUUGAGUAGGCAAAGCCACUCCCCACUACAGGGUGAAAGAUACUAUGAAGUUAAACUGAAACGAAUGGAAGCUAGCAAAGUCAGUGGGUGUGCAGGCAUACCCAGUUUAGUCUGGGAAACACAGAACAUCAGCAUUGAUAAGAUUUUUAUUAUAGGAAAAGGAGAGGAGCAAAGCUGGAGUUUACAUCAAGGAAACUUUUAACAAAGGAAGGAAAGGUAAAAUAAAUUUAGUGGGUGAAUAGGGGAGACUCCAGUAUAAAUGAUUUGUAAUAUUUACCCCUAUGCUAAACAUUGAUGGAUCCAGGGUAUGUCUAAGGCAAGAUUUUUGAUGAUUGGAUUAGAGUAUUUAGCCAUCACUUAGUCAUCCUAUUUUGAAAGUAGGUUUUGACAGCCCCCUUGAGAAGAAGAUCUAAUUUUGGUGGGGGCAAGAAAUCUUAUCUUCAAGGUUAAUUUGCAUUUAACUUGUAUCAAACAAAUUUCAGAAGGGGUGGAGGAAUUUUGAUUAAUAGGCAAUUACAUAUAUUCUUAUAUCUAAAUGAUUAGUUUACCAUUAAUCCUAAAUUUUAGUUGGCUCGGCUAUUAAAUCUAUUAAUGGUUAGAACUUUAAUUACUACAAAAUCAGAGUAAUCACUAACAGUUCCUAAUCAAUAAGUAAUCCUAAAUUGAAUUCAUCACUUCUAUGGUGUCACAGACUUUUGAGGGGGUGUUUAUACCAGCUGUUCUUACUGUGUGAGACAGAAUUGAGUGCUAUUCUCAGAAGGAGGAUUCAGCUUACAAAGUUGAGUUGAUUACCUUUUGUUGAUUGAGGAUUGGGGACCAGUUUGGGAGGGAACUGAUGAAAGACAGAAAGGCCAAUGAACAACUGGGUUACUCCCCUUACCUCACCUGAACUGGGUUGGAAGAAUUUACAACCCAGUCACAGGUGUUUUGGAUUGUAGCACAGGGAAGUGGGGAGGAGCCUGGUGUUGGGAACUUGUAUCUCUUUCCCGUUUGCUCCUUAUUCAGUUGGCGCUUCUUAGCUCAUCAUUGAAGCCUUCUCUUUCACGAAGGGGAAUAAACGAACUGCCUCUUUUUACUUCUGCCUUCUCAUUCUAGGUUAUUUGAGUGAGUUACCAUUUUUAUCUCACACAUUACUAUGCCAAAUUAGUUAAUGAUCUGUCUAAAAACUGUCUGCCUUCCUUUAAUUUUUUUGUUUGUAUUAUUUUAAAAGCAAUUUAAAUGAGCACAUAGAAAAACUGAGAAAGCAUAUGAAGAAAAUGGCCAAAGAUUGCCAUGGAAUACAGCUCCAAGACAAGUGGGAAGAAGGUAAAGAGAAAGUGAUUUGGAGCAUCAAGUGAUAUUGCAGGGUUAAGCAAAUUCAACUUCUGCAAGGACUGGUUGAGGCUUCUCACUUUCUAGCUGUUUUUCUGGCUAAUCUGUGAGCUUCAGCAUUGCCUUCAACAUUUAAAUGAGCAGGAACAUACUUCCACUCAGCAUCUAUAUCCCAAGUCAUGUUAUCCAUCUUAGUGAAUUAGUCUUUGUGGAUAACAUCCUUUAAAAAAAAACAAAAUAAAAAACUUGUUUUCUAGACGUUUUCAUUUGUUGAUUCAUACCUUUGGUGAGAAGUUGGUUACCUAUACACGGUGACUUUCUCAGGGUUUGGGGUCUUAGCUUGCUUGGGCCGACUGCUUGCUGCUUCGAAUCAAGCUCUUUGGUUUGUUAUUUAGCGUAUGUACUACUUGGGUUUAAAUCAUGGCUUCUGGCCAGCAAUCACAGAUACCACCUUGUACUCAUUUCUUCCAUUGUUACAGGGUUAGGGUCUAAUCCCUGGUGCUGAUGCCCAUACCAGCCUCCAGAGCCUCUAUUCUGCCAACUAUAGUUACAACUCCAAGAGUCCUGAUUGUGUUUCCAACUCAUCUCUAGUCUCUCCAAAAGUUUGGCAGAAAAAAAGGGACUCUGACCUUUAGAGAAUGUGAGUUGGAGACUUUACUUUGAGGUAUGGGAACAACCAUUUGUCAAUAACAGGGCAUGUAUCCAAGACAUAAUAUAGAAAAUUAAAAGAAUUUUUAAAACAGGUGACUACCACCAAUCUCCAGUGAUUUGCAGAGGCCCAAAUGAUACUGUUCAAAGAAAACAAAAAAGCAUCACCAAAAAUUAUGAAGUCUUAGGCAAGAAACUGUGACAAGGGCUUAGGUUUUAUUUCCCUCACUGAUUUUCACUGAAGGUAGGGAAUGGAGAAUAUUAACUAAUUUGGGAGGCAAACUCCUGCCUGAGAAUGUAGUACUUGUGAAAGGAAUUUGGAGUUAAGGAACCGAACUUAAACUAUAUCAGUGACAGACUCCUAACGGGAUGGAGUUCAUCUAACUAGGACUAGCAAGAAUGUUACUUGUCUAAUGAAAAAAAUUUUUGUAGCAAUUUUCUUGAUAGAGGUGUCACUUUUUUUUUUAAUCUUUACCAAGAAAGACCCCAUAAUGGUGUCACAAAGAGCUGAACACACUGAAAAUGACUAAACAACUAUGAAAAGCUAGAUUAAACUCCAAAACCUCAAGCAACAAUAUUUAGGGAGUAAAUGUAAUUCUAGUCUGGUACUCCCAAUUUCUUAGGAGAGCUUCCAGUCCCAAUCUCCUGUUACUUCUCUGCCAGGAAUGAAAGUCUUGGACUGGAAGAAGCCUCUCUCCCUGUCUCUGGAUAGAAGUACCUCUAAUCCUGGAUUUUUCCCAACUCUGUGUUCUACCAGGAUUCCUGUGAACAUGUCAUCAAACAAAGGGAUUUUAGGGGAGCAGUUUGAACUUAAGUCCAGUCUUUAGGGGCACUAGCCUGAAGAGACAGGCCCAACCAGCUCUUAGGGUCAGAACCUUUUCUUCCUCUUGCUGUCUACUGCUAAAGACUUUAUAUUUAAGAAAGCUAGCAUAGAUUAGCAUAGACAGGAACAAAAGAAACCCUCCACCAGCCUGGAGGCCUGGCCUCAGCUCUAAAGCUGAGACUCAAACUCUAUCUGGGGAAAUCCCUCUUCCCUCUUCCCUCUUUCCUGAUAUCUUCCCAAUCCAAACUUGUUAAUAAAUUCAUCUUCAGUUAAAUAACCUGCAGUCGGAUAAGAGGACUACCAUUUCGGGGGACAUAGAGGGAGCAGAACCUAAGGACAGCCAUUCAACCAUAAAUGGGCCUUUUAGGACUCCUACUGGUCCUGGGAGAGCCUUGUCCCUCAGAAGGGUCUUACUUACCUGCUCUGGGGUAUUUUCAACAUCAAUCAAUAGAGAAGACAUUCCCUUAGGCUAUCAUAGUUGGCCCAUUUCUCAGGAACCCCAUUUUUAAAGAGCCUCUCAGUAGGGAGUAUCCUCUCCUUUUACCUCACCAGCAUCCUUAUUCCCUCUAUCCCUUCAACUCCUCCAUUCCCUGUUACAAAACCUUAUCCCCUGUACCUUUUCAAUCCUCUACAAUUCCUUUAACUAUUACACCUUGAAGGUAUAGGGAGAAGAGGCUAAAGAUGGUCACUUCUGCCUCCUAAAGGUCUUAUUUCUAAUAUACAUAGGAAACUUCCAAAUUCAAAUUUGUAAGAAUAAGAAGCAUUCCCUAAUUGAUAAUAGAUAAAGGAUAGGAAUAUGCAGUAGUCAGAAGAAAUCUAAGUUAUCAAUAGCCCUUCAACUAGGCUUCAACUAGGGGAAUAGAAACAGAAGAAAAACAACUGCUUGAUCACAUGGUUCAAUGGGGAUAUGAUUGGGGAUAUAUACUUGUAACGAUCAUCAUAGUGCAAAAAAUAUGGAAAUAAGUCUUGUUCAAUGACAUGUAAAACCCAGUGGAAUUGCGAGUUGGUAAUGGGAGGGGGAUGGGAGGAGGGGAGACAGAACAUGAUUCAUGUAACCAUGGAAAAAUAUUCUAAAUUAAAUAAAAUUUUUAAAAGGCUUCAAAGUACUAAUUAGAGAGAUGCAGGUUAAAACAAUUGAGAUUCCACCUCGCACACCUGAGAUUGGCAAAGUUGGCAGAAAAGGGGAAAAAAUGUUGAAGGGGUUAUGGAAAAAGUUGGGGGAGCUAUGAAAUAAUCUAGCAUUCUAGAAGGCAAUUUGGAACUAGUCCCCCAAAGCCAUUAAACUGUAUAACCUCUGACCCAGCAAUACCAUGAUUGGGUCUAUACCUUUAAGAGAUUAAAAAAAAAAAAAGAGGAAAAGGUCCCAUAUGUCCAAAAAUAUUUAUGGCACCUUUUUUUGUUGUGGCAAAUGAUUAGAAACUCAAGGUGGGUACUUAUCAAUUAGGAAAUGACUGAACAAAUUAAAAUGUAUAAAAUUAUAGUAUAAUAAUAUAUAGUUAUAUAGGAAAUAUGAAAAACAGUACUAUUGUGUUGUAAGAUCUGAUGUGGGCAGUGGUUUCAGAGAAAUGGGGAAAUUUUUGUAAGGAACUAAUGCAGAGUGAAAUGAGCAGAACCAGAAUUUAACAAUUUAUGUAAUAGCUAUAUUGCAAAGAUAAGCAAUUGUGAGAGACUUAGGAAUGCUGGUCAACAAAAUGAAUGAUCACAAUAUUGGAAAACACAUAAGGAAACAUGUUACAACUUUUCUUAUUGAGAGAUGAUAAACUAAGAUUGCAGAUUAAAAUGUAUUGGGGGGAGGGAGGUUGACCCACAUGAGAAUUUGUUUUGCUUAAUAAUACAAGUUUAUAAUGGGUUUUCUAUUUUUUAUUAGGGAUAAGGGAAAACUAGAAGAGAAAGAAGGGGAGAAGGGGAAAGGAGGCAAGGAGGGAGAGAAAAGAGAAGAGAAAAUAAAGUUUGAUUAAAACAUAUAUUGCCAGAUGUCUUUCCAAGUCUAACCAAAAGUGCUUUCAAAUUAAAAGUACAGGGAGGGAGAGGAGAAAAUGGCUUGUGUUUAUUCACCAAGCUAGAAACUAAAAAAAGUAGUAACUACAAGGAAGGAAGAAGAAAUUUAAUUGAAAUACUCAGAGGUUCACAGAUAACAUCCAAGAAAGCUAGUAAACAAGGAGCAAAAAUGACCUCAUAGAUAUCAUCAAGAUUGGUAGAAUGAAAUCCAUGAUUAGAAUAUGUUGGUUGUCUCUCGAACCGAGGAUGAUGAUUGUCUUUGUGCAUUUUUUGUGCACAAAGACACCUGUGCAUGAAGAUUUAAGUGGAAAAGUCGAUGCACAGAGACAGUCCCACUCUCUCGGCAUUGAAAGCCUGGGUCCAUUGGCAUGAAAAGUUGUUACACCUGGAGACUUCAUUAGAAUAUGACUUUGGAUGCAUAUACCUUAUUCAAAAGAUAUCAGAAGUAAAGGAUUGGUAAAGGGAAAAGGAUAAAGACUCAUGAGGAAAUCCAGGAAUCAAAAUGAGGGAGGGAUUAGAGAGUGGGCAUUUUGGUAAUAAUUAGUAGAGGAAAAAUCAGCAGACAACAACUGGUUUUCAUAACAUCUGGGCAAUGUCAACUUGGAAAAACACAGAACCACUAUAGUAGUCAGAAAGCCCAAAUCUUUAAUCAGAAAAAGAGACAAGUCACCACACAGAGCCAAGCACUAAAUACCACAAAGAGCUUUGGGACCGUCAAAGAUGAUUCUCCAAAGAAUGUUAGAACCUAGGAUUAAUACAAAAGCAUGGCACUAUACGUAUCUAGAAUGGAUGGGAUAAUAAUAAUAGCUAAUAUAAUGCUUACUAUGAGCCAGGAAAAAUGCUAAGUACUUUACAAUUAUUAUAUUAUUUGAACCUCACAAUGACACUGGGAGAUAUGUAAUAUUUUUAACCUCAUUUUAUAGAUGAGGAAACUGAGGCAAAUAGGGGUUAGGUGACUUGCCCAGGGUCAUAUAGCUAGUAAGUUUCCAAACUGGAUUUGAAACCAGGUCUUUCUUACUUCAGGCCCAGAGCCUAAAGACAUAAAAAGAACCAUUCAUGUGCAGUAGGGACCACUCCACUUGGUGGAUUUCUUAUGACCACACAGUCACUGUAUCAUACCUUUCUGAUCAUAUAUUUUUCCAUAUAGUAACAAAGGGGGCCAUGACCAUUGAAGCUAAGGGCCACUAUAUCCUUGUUGCAUAUCCUUGCUAUGUUAGGAUAACUGUUCAGUGCCUUGUGAGGUUCUCAUUUUGUCCUAACACUGAAACCGAACAGGGGAAACUAGUGUUAAGGCUACCCUUAAUACAUGGUUAAUCAAAAGUUUGUCUGAAAAAGAACUCCAGGGGCUUUAAUGGACUUCAAUUUUAUCAGUCAUGUGAUGUGGCAACCAAAAAUCCGAAUAUAUUCCUGGAUUGCUUUGAGAGAGCUUCUAGGAAGUGAUAAUUCCUUUAUACUCUGCCCUCAUUGGACUGCAUCAAGAAUGUUCUUGGCAGAGAGUAUACAGAAAAAAGCAUUAGGCUCGUAAAAGACCUUGAGUUCAUAUCAUACAAGGAGUAGUUAAAUUGAGGAGUAGAUAAUUCAGAGCAAAUAUGAUGACAAUUCAAGUAUCUGAAGGGCUUUCAUGAGAAAGAGGAAUAGAUUCGUGAUUCAUAUAUUCUCUUCUUUCUUUUGUAUAAAGAAAUGUUAAUGUUUGAUGUUUGUCAAGUACAUAAUUUAACUUACUAUGAAAAUUUUAAACUAAAAAAUGAAGGGGGGCGGGGAAGAAGCCUAUGUGGGUGGCUCCGAUCUACCAAGGUUUUCCAGGAGUCGGUGAGACUUCUAGGGAAGCUUCACGACUAGGAUGGCCAGUAGCCACCAGGGGGCACCCACAACAUUGCAGCUCGUGGCACGCACAGAUAAGAUGCCUUCUUGAAAGCAAUAUAGUUGUCGUUUCCGUUGACGCAAUGGACGUAGGGGGACGGGAAGAGAUUGAUACACGGAAGGUCACAGAGACGAAGCAGUCGGCGAUUCAUCCUACUUUAGUACGAUUACCAGCUUUCUCCGCUUUCACCCGCUCCUCUCUUCCUCCAACCCACCCCCCACUUACUUGACCAAUGCCUUUUGGCCUUCCUUGUCUGGACUACCCAAUGGGAGAGGCGAAACAUUAAGACUGACGGAAAUAAUUAAGGGGGCGGGGUCUUAGCUAUCUGGAAAAUUCCGCAGAGCUGUCGCAGUCUACGCCAUUAUUGGAUGUGUUUUGGUGAUCGUCUCUGUUCUCCAAUUUGGUACCGACUUUAUUUGAACUGGCAGCGAGGGCUACCUGCUAGACUGGAUUGCGAAGCGAAGAAGCAUCUGGAAGCGGCCUUUGAUCUCCCGGAGCCUGGCGCGGCUAAGACGCGAUUUCGGCGCUUUAAACGUUGCGUGCACCAUAGGGAAAAGCGGGGUGAGGACAAGAGCCCAGGCAGCCUAGGGAGAGGAAGCUUCUCAUCCGUGAGGAAGCUGAGGCCGGAGUAAAAAAGUGCAGUGAAUGCCAAGGGAGAAGACUGCGAUUCUCCUGCUGCUUGGCCCUCGAGUGAAUUCCCAGUGAGAUAUAAAUGCCUUUGAAUACUACUGUAGGUAUGGAGAAGAUUGAAGAACAUUUUGCAAAGUUGUCCGUCGCUAGACGUUCUGCAGCGACUAAAGAGCCCACUUACCUCCUCGACAUAGACACUUCAAAAAAUGUACAGGAAGAAAGUGGAUGCAUAGUUGCUGUUUCAUGUUCCAAUGGAUCAAUUAGACUAUAUAACAAAGAAACAUUAAGUUUACUAAGGGAGUUGAAUAAACAACCUGGAUUCUUUAAUGGAGUUAAAUUUUCACAUUCCAAUCCCCAUGUAUUUUCAGCAUGUACAGAUGGCACUGUAAAAUGUUGGGAUAUUCGCUUAUCUGGCAUAUCACCAGUCCAGAUGUUCAAGGGUUAUCCUUCCAAUGUUCUCAUCAGUUUUGAUAUUAAUUGUAAUGAUCAUAUAAUUUGUGCUGGCACUGAAAAAUUUGGUGAGGAUACUGUGAUGAUAUUUUGGGAUGGAAGAAUGAGUUCUCAAAGUACAGGCCCUUUUAGACCCCCAUUAGGUGUUUAUUCAGAAUCACACAGUGAUGAUAUAACCAAGGUACGUUUUCAUCCUACUGACCCUAAUAUACUACUCUCAGGAUCAACUGAUGGACUUAUGAAUGUCUUUGAUAUAAGCAUUGACAAUGAAGAUGAAGCUCUGAUUGCAACUUGUAACUCUGGCUCAUCAGUAAGUUAUGUUGGUUGGGCUGGGAAGAAAUACAAAGAGGUUUAUUGUUUGACACAUGAUGAAGGAUUUUGUUGGUGGGAUCUUACCAAUUUAGAUAGUGAUCAACCAAUCCCAUGCUUGAAUAUCCCAGAUGUCAGAAGAAUGAUUAAAGUACAAAAUGGAAAUCUGGAUUAUAUGAUUGGUGGCAUAUACCAUGAAAAAGCAGACCAAUUGUUGGUUGUUGGGGGUUCAAAUACAGGAACCAUUCACUUUAUAACAAGUGGGCUUUCAGGAUUGAAAUACAUGAAAAGCCUUGAGGGAGGGCAUUCUGCCAUAGUUCGUUCUUUCUGUUGGAAUAUGCAGGAUGAUUCUUUACUGACUGGUGGAGAGGAUGCACAACUGUUACUUUGGAAACCUGGAGCUACCGAAAGGAACCUUGCAAAGAAGGAUAGGAUGAAAAUAGCUUCCUCUCUGCAUAAACGUGUUAAAGUUCACAGUCAUGAUUUUUACAAAAACAAGAAAAAAUAUAUUUAAAUUACUUGCUAUCUUGUUGGGUCUUAUUUCAGUUAAUGAACUAUUUUUGCAUGUGCUAUUCCUACUACAUAUUACAACCUUUAUGCAGAAAUGGACCAAUUUGUAAAUAUGCUUUUUGAAGUAAAGAGAAAGUUGAUUGAGGGAGAGCUUGAACUGUCAUGUAAAGAAACUUUCUGAAUCCAAAAGGCCAGUCUGAAUUCCAUUAAACUAAGUUAAUUUUUUAUUUAAAAAGCAAGCCUAUUGUUGAGUUAAGAAACUAAUGAAACUUUUAUUGACUUGUUUCUAUAAUCAAGAUCUUUUAAAGCAAAAUUUUUAAAAAUUUACAUAUCAGUUUUUUUAUCAGCCCUGAAUUAAAUUAUGCAUUUGGCAGUUCCUGCUUUAUAUGCAUAUUUUUGUUCUUUAUUAUUUAUAUCAAUAGUUCUUUUUAAUCUAAAUAGAUUUAGAUUUUUAAAAAAUUUAAAUGGUGGAUAUGAGUAAAAUUUCUAAAGGAAAUAUUUGAAUUUUGCAUAUUUUACUUUGCAUGAAAAAGAAUAGCAUCAGAGUAAAUGGCAAGAAGAUGGCUGGGAUAAGGAGAUAGAUAGAAAGGAUAUGAAGUUUCUGGAGCAAAGCUCCCCAGAUACAAUGGGCUAAAGUAAGUUUGCACUCUCAAAUGAGGAUGGCUCAGUAUAGACAUGAGUUCCAAAGCCAAGUAUAUAAUUGUAGUAAACUAUCUAAUAAAAUGUCAUUUUGAUUUAUAAUAUUUUUAAAUGGAAAUUUUAUAGUAUCAUAGACCUGGAAGUAUCCUUAGAGAUUAUCUAGUACAACUUUCCUUAUUUUAUACAUGAAAGAAUAGAGGCAAAGGGAUGCUUAGUCUUAACUUGGGCUAAAUAAUAAAUGGAAGGGUGAAGAUUUGAACUUCAUCUGACCCAUAACCUAGCAUUCUUCCAUUAUACCGUGCUAUGCUUCUCUUUCUCUAAAACAUUUUAAUUAACUGAUUUUAUAAGUAGGGAUACAAUAUUGUUUUCUCAUACUUAACUAAAAAUUAAUAAUCCCAGAAUCUUGUUUCAGACUUAAGUGACUAAUCCAGCCCAUGCCUGAAAAACAAUUCUUCCUACCAUAUAUAUGACAAGUGGUCAUCCAUUCUUUGCUUGAAGUGAAACUUACUAUCUCUCUAGGUAGUUCCACUUUUUAGCUCUAUUAGAAAGAUCUUUUUUCCUUAUGUAAAGUGGAAGUUUUAUUUUUUUGUAAUUUGAAUACAUUGCCCUUAGCUUUUGAAGCCUCUUGGAUAACACAGAAUAUCUCUUCCUCUUGUACAUGACUAUCCUUCAGGUACUAAGAAAGUUAUCAUGUUCUCCCCAGGUCUUCUCUUUUCUACGUUAACUGUCCCCAGUUCCUCCAACCAGUCCUCAUAGGGCAGGCACUUCUUACCCUCCACCAUUCUGGUUACUUCCUCUGGAUAGUCUCUAGCCUAUCAUUUUUCCCAAAAUGUGACACUUAGAAAUGAACAUAAUCCUCCAGAGGAAUAGGUUCGAAAACAAAGCACAACUUCCUAGUCUUGAACAGUGAUCUCUCAGUAUGAUAUAAGAUGAUAAUUUUGGGGGAAGUAACUAUCACAUUGUUUCAUUUUGAAUUUUGUAAUAUCCUGACAAAUUCCACCCUACCCCCAACUCUGUUGAACUGCUUGUUAAGCCAUUGUUUUUUAGUUAUGUCCAACUCUUUGUGACUCCAUUUGGGGGAUUUAUGGGUAGAGAUACUGGCAUUGUUUGCCAUUUACUUUUCGGGCUCAUUUACAUGAAAAAUUGAGGUAAACUGAGGCCCAGGGCCACAUGGCUAGUAAAUGAGGUUAGAUUUGAACUCAUGAAGAUAAAUCUUCUGACUCCAGGCCAGGUGCUGUCUAUGCACUAUGCUACCUAGCUGCCCUUGCUGAAACUUACUAUUCUUUGUAUUUAUGAUGACUUUUUAAACUGAGUUGUAAAAUUUUGCAUUAUCUCCAUUAAACUUCACCAUGAGAGUCUACUUGUAUUAGGAUGAAAAAAGAGAAGAUUGAGGACACACCUAAAUAAGACUGGACUUGUUAGAACCUUUGUCUAAGCCUCCUCAUUUCACAUUUAAAAGGCCCAGAAAGUUAAGUGAUUUGUCCAGGAUCAUCAAGUGAGUAAAUUUGAAUCCAGGUUAUCUUUUUACUCCACAAAGCAGUCUUCUUUAAAACAGCAGUUUCUGAAUUCUCAUUUGGCUUUUGUGCAAGACCCUUGUCUCUUGAUCUUUUAAAAUCUUGUUUCUAUUGUCCAGCAUGUUUGCUAUUUUUCCCAGGUUCACAUCCUUCUGUGAAUUUUAAAAAAGAACGCCAUCCAAGUCACAGAUAAAAGUUUUUAAACAGUGCAAGGCCAUACAGAUUCUACUAGUGACCUCUUACGUUGACAAUGAACUUUUUUGUGAUUUUUCUUUGGAUUUAGAAAUAGAAUUUUGGACAUUUUGAUGGAUGAGUUAUAUCUUUAUCUAUAAAAUAGGAAUAAUACCUGUGUAGUUGUAAAUGGAGUGAUAAAUAUUAAAUGGGAGUAAUAUAUUUGGAAAACUUUAAAUCUAUUUUGUGUGCCAUUUUAAAAGUGAAUAAAACAUUUUAAUUGAUGUUAUAGGUUAUUAAAAAUAUUAAAUAGCAAAAGCAAGACCUUUUUUCAUGUGAACACUAGCAGCAUAUAUAUAAGUCUUUAGGUUGUCAACUAACUGACUCUACUUAUUUAAAUCCUUCACAGGUAAGUUACACAAUAGCAUGCAGUAUUAAAAAUAUGUAAGUUAUAUGGGGAAAUUCAACUUAAAGUAUAAAAAUGUAAUUUUGUCUUCGUGUGGACCUUUUUCCAUAACUUUUUCAGAAGUUAUUCAGAUAACACUUAUUUGUUUUGCCUUUCAUGACCAUAUGCUUUCUCCACUAAAAUCCCAUUUCAGAUAACUCAGAUUCUCAAAGGCUAUGCCAAAGAUGUGCAAGUUGGCAAGUCCUGGCAAGCUGGAGAGCCUCAGCUCAACAAUGAAUUGUGUCUGUCAUUGGAGAUAAAGCCUAGGUUUGUUUAGAAGAGAAUGACUACCAGGGUAAGGGGUUUGACCAUAGCAAAUGAUGAAGACCAAAUGCUAAGGCAUGCAUGGCAAAUUUAUAGUCUAUUGAAAAUAUUGGUCAAAUACUUAUUUUUGGAGGUAUAAAAUAGAUAAUUUUGAUUAAAUUAUAAUGGAAUUAUGCAAAUAAAAUGAAUGUAACCAAGAGUAGAUAGAUGGAAAACAAAAUUUUUUGGCAGGGAAUUUUAAAGUUUCUCAGACAUAGGUCCUUUAUUAAUUAUGUAGAGAAUUUCAAAUUUUUAAGAGCAUGAGCCCUUCCCCCAGUAAUACAUUGCUAGAUAUGAACAGAUAGUUUUUGGAUGAAGAAAUCAAAGCUAUAUGUAGUCACAAGAAAAAAUACUCUAAAUCAUUACUUAUUAGAGAAAUGCCAAGAAAAACAACUCUUGAGAUAACUCACUUCAGACUGACUAAAAUGAUAAAAGGGCAAAAUGAUAAAUGUUGAAAGGGAUGUGGAAAAAUGGGGACACUAAUACAUUUUGGUGGAGCUGUUAACUGAUCCAACUAUUAUGAACAAUCUGGAAUUGUGAACAAUGAGUAAAAUUCUUUUUGACCCAGCAAUUCCACUUUAGGUCUGUUUCCCAAGGUGAUCAGGGAAAAAGGAAAAAGAAUUAUAUGUCUCUGUGUGUGUGUGUGUGUGUGUGUGUGUGUGUGUGUGUGUGUGUAUGUGUGUAUUUUAACCCUGACUUUCUCUCUUAGAAAUUGGAAUUAAGUGACUUGCUCAGGGUCACACAGAUAGGAAGUGUCUAAGACCAGUUUUAACCCCUGGUCCCCCUGAUUCGAGGCCUGGCACUCUUCUAUUCUGGCAGAACCUAACUGCCUCAGAACCCAUGUUUUAAAAUAUUUUUAGCAGCUCCCUUUGUGGUGGCAAAACUGGAAAUUGAGAGGAUGCCCAUCAAUUGAGAAAUGGGUGAACAGGCUGUAUAUACAUGUGAUGGAAUUCUGCUGUACUGUAAGAAAUGAUAAACAGGUUCAUUUUUUUAAAAACCUAAGAAAAUAUGUGAAAUUAUGAAGAAUAAAAUAAAACAUACAGUAACAAUGUUUGAAGAUUAACUUGUGAAUGUCCACUUCUAAAGAAAGAACUGAGAAAUAGAAAUAUGCAAGGCAUAGUUUUAUAUAUACUUGUUUUUGUCAAAUGAAGCCUUCCCUAGUUGGCUUGGGGAGGGAGAUGCCUGGGAAUUUGAUGUAACCUGCAAACAAAUAAAUUCAUUUUAAAAAAUGAAAA